UAUACUGUUACUUCCGCGUUAUCCCAUAUCAGUGGAAAUCAGUUGUAUUGUAGCAGCUCUGUCUUUUAAUGGUUUGGGUUGGUGUCCUUUCUGCGAAGGCAAGAUGAGACCAUUUUCUAAGAAUACAGUUUCCGUCUCACUCUGGAUUACAAUUGCAUUCUGUUUUGGUUCUUUCUGUGAUGGUGGCAAAAUCUUGGUGGUGCCUUUGGAGGGAAGUCACUGGGUGAACAUGGAAGUCCUCAUCAAGGCUUUACAUGGUCAAGGGCAUAGCGUUGAUGUAAUACGCACCUACAACAGCUGGUUUGUAAAGGAGAACUCAACUUAUUACAACUCUAUAACCAUACCUAACACCAAAGGAAUAGAUGAAGAAUUUAUAGAUGACAUGCUCAACAAACUAAUCGACUAUGAAAAAGGAAAGAGCCACUGGUUGAGUAUAGUGUGGCUGCAAUUGGAUUUAAUUCGUGCCAUUUAUAAAACCCAAGAAAUGAUUUGUCAGCUUAUAACAAACAUAUUUGAAAGUGAGGAAAUUCUGAAGACGCUGAAAGAAAAGCAGUACGAUCUGGUGCUCACCGAUCCGGUAUGGGGUGCAGGCAUUAUCCUGGCUCAUAAACUCAAGUUACCCAUGGUUUAUAAUGUGAGAUGGAGUGCUACUGGAGAGGGACACUUUGACAUCGCUCCCUCACCAAUGUCCUACAUCCCUGUCACAGGAUCUAGAAACACAGACAAAAUGAAUUUUUUUCAAAGAGUAAAAAAUAUUUAUUCCUAUUUUCUAAUGAACAUUCUGUAUUCCCACUUUAAUAUGCAACAGUACCAAGUACUUUGUGACAAAUAUUUUGAUCCACCUGUACGCUUUCAGGAACUUCUCCAGGGGGCUGAUAUAUGGCUUAUGAGGGUUGAUUUUGUUUUUGAAUUUCCACGUCCAACAAUGCCAAAUAUCAUCUACAUUGGCGGCUUUCAGUGCAAACCAGCGAACGCCCUUCCGCAUGACCUAGAAAACUUCAUGCAAAGUUCUGGAGAGCACGGAGUCAUAAUCAUGUCUUUAGGGUCAUUUAUCAGUGUCCUACCAGAUGAGUUAACAGCAGAAAUAGCCACUGCUUUUGCUCGUCUCCCUCAAAAGGUGAUUUGGAGAUACACUGGAAAAAGACCAUCUACUUUGGGCAACAACACAUUACUGGUUGACUGGAUGCCACAGAACGAUCUUCUAGGGCAUCCAAAGACCAAACUUUUUAUUGCACAUGGUGGAACCAACGGGGUUCAAGAGGCUUUGUAUCAUGGUGUUCCAGUAGUUGGAAUCCCAUUCUUUUUUGACCAGUAUGACAAUCUUCUUCGUUUACAAGAAAGGGGAGGAGCCAAGAUAGUUACCAUCGGAACUUUAGAUAAAAACACAUUGUACGCAGCUAUUCAGGAAGUAAUCAGUGAUCCAUCCUACAGGCUGAGCAUGCAGAGACUCUCUCAUCUACACAGAGACACACCAGUUAAACCUUUGGACAGUGCCCUCUUCUGGAUUGAGUUUGUAAUGAGACACAAAGGUGCUGCUCACCUUCGUUCAGAAUCCUACAAACUGCCAUGGUACUCCUAUUACUCAGCAGAUGUUGCAGUUACAUUGUUCGCAGUUGUUCUAAUAUUUACUCUCUCCAUAUUUUUCACAGUUAGAUAUCUGUGUGUUAAGUGCUGCAGCAGAAAAAAGAAAACUGACUGACAUAUUUGCAUAAGAAGUAGAUCACUUAUAUUGAUUCUGUUUAAUGUCUUUUGAUUCUGUUUAAUGUGUGAUGAAAAGGAAACAUGAAAAAAAAAAUUUGAAACUGCAUCCAAAUUGUGUGUUGGCAUUCAUCAGGUACAUUCACUUGAAUAAAUACUGAAUUCUUCCUCUGUCUGUGCAUGUGUG